UUGCUUUCUUGGGCAUAAUACAAAUUUUUAUAUCUUACACUGUUGCUUUAUUUCAGCUGAGGUAUGGGGUGGGGUAUAAAAUUUGAAUGCUUUUCUUGCCCUUUUUACUAUUUAUUCUUUUUGUUUGGGUUGAUCAGCACCUAGUUUUUAUUUUAUUUUAUUUUAUUUUUAUUAAGGCAGAGAAAUUCAUGUAAUUGUAGGACAUACAUAACCCAAAUGGGCAAGUCAUAUCAUGCGAAAAGAUCUUAAAUUUGAAUUCCCUUUUUAAAACAUAUAUAUUCUGGUACUGCACUGUCUUGUAACAAGGGAGCAGUUGAAAGACAAAGCAACUUUAUGUUUUUCAUCUCUAUUUACAUGUGGGUCCUACAUCUACUGUUGCAGCACUAUCAUUCAGGGUUCUCCUUACUCCUAAUUUAUAACAUAUUAGCUUCUUGUAUAUUGUAAUGUCUAAUAUCUGGAAUUUUUUUCAACCAGUGCAUCGAUAAAUUGUAUGCUUGAAAAAUUAAAAGAAAUUAAUAGCCAUUAUGGCUAUUGGGUGCUUGAUAUUUUGAAAUUUAGAGAUUAACCUGUUUUGAUUUGGUACUGAUCUGGUAGAUCUUGAUGUAGCUUCAUCAUUGCUACCGAAUUUGUUGGCUAGGUUUAGAUCUGCUGUCCUCCAACCUCCUGGAACUGGUAUACUUAUUAGUUUUUGCGGAGAGGUUUCAUUUGAACUUUACCCGUAUAGAUUCUGAACUCGUGGAUCUACGAAAAGAUGUUCUACCAGAAUAUUGCUGGCCAAUAAUUGAUCAGUUUACUGUUAAAGAAUCACGACUUGUUUCAUAGUUUAUUAUUGAUGCCCAAGAUAGUCAAAGGCUGCAUCAUGACAUUUAAAAUGGCCAAACUCUCAGGCUGUCAGAUGGCUUAAUGGCUAAAUAGAAAACCCCUUUAGACCAAGGGUAUAGUGGCCAACUAUUUGCCUCAGUAUUCAAAUCCCUGCUUCCCCCUCUUCUUCCUCCCUUGAAUAAAAAAUGGCCAAGCAGCUAAAGCUGCAUGUUCUUCUGAGAAGUCUGCCAAUCACACAACGUGCUCUAUAAUCUUGUCAUUAGACUCUUGAAAUAUAUAUAUGACGGGGUUGCAUUCUAAAACAUUUGCAUUUUUGUUUAAAGAAAAGGAUACCGUUUGCAAGCAGAUUGGCAUAAACUACUUGUGCUUGCUUUUGUGCAUAAUUGUAUGUCAAAAUGCGUGCUUUCAAAGGCUGCUUCAGCUUGAAGCAAUCCAGAAAACGGCGAGGGCAUGAGGAUCCUAUCAUACUUGCUUCUGAGACACCUUGCUAUGCCAAGAAAUCAUGCCAAAAUGGUCACUUUGAUUGCUGUGGUAAUGUUACUAUAAAUGAAAUAGAGGCUUUGUAUGAUCUAUUCAAGAAGCUGAGUAGCACCAUAAUUGAUGAUGGUCUUCUUCACAAGGAAGAAUUCCAGCUUGCCCUUUUUAGAAAUGGCAGUAAGCAGAAUCUUUUUGCAGACAGGGUAUUUGAUCUUUUUGAUGUAAAGCGUAAUGGAGUAAUUGAAUUUGGUGAAUUUGUUCGGUCAUUGAGCAUCUUCCAUCCAAAUGCUCCUGAAGUAGACAAAAUUAUAUUUGCAUUUAGACUGUAUGAUCUGUGCCAAACUGGCUAUAUUGAGCGUAAUGAGUUGAAGGAGAUGGUAUUGGCUGUUCUGUCUGAAUCAGAUGUGACACUUUCCAAUGAUGAUGUUGAAUCCAUUGUAGAUAAGACAAUGCUUGAAGUAGAUUUAAAAGGAGAUGGAAAGAUUGAUCAAGAAGAAUGGAAGGAAUAUGUGGCAAAGAAUCCAUCUCUUAUAAAGAAUAUGACUCUUUUAUAUCUCAAGGAACUAACUCUGGCAUUUCCUAGCUUUAUAGUGAACACUGAAGUUCCAGACUGGAAAUAAUUUUCAUUAAUUCUCCUCCAAUGAGAUGCCAUAAACAGUGAGAAAUCUUUGGGCCUAAAGCAGCAUAUGAACAUGAAUAAAGAACCAAGAAUUCUAUGGAGAUGCCCUUAAGAUUAAGCGUGCAAGGAAUUGAACCAAAGUGUAUAAUGUCUAUUACUUCUAGCAUCACUUAUUAAUAAGCUUGCAAUCAAAGAAUUUAGACCAAGAUGGUUUGUGUAUUCUUUUCAUAUUGUUACUAAAACAUCCUGUGAGGUUUGCCAAAAUAUAAUAGACAUUGAAGUUUAAUUCUGUUAAACUUUAGUUUUUCUAAUAUAAUAUGAUAUUUUUAGUGCAA